AUGGAGGAGCAGCUUACCGCGCUGCGGGAGAAGCAUCGGAUGGUGGAGAAUGUUCUCCAUGAGCAACGGGACUACGACGUGCUUCGUCAGCGUCUAGCGGAGUCCGAGAACUGUCUCGCGGAAGCCUGGGCAGAGGAGCGAGAGCAGGUGCUCGAGGCGCGUGGACAAGUGGCCGAAGCAGAGGGACUUAAGGCACAGUAUAAGAGUAUCGCCCAGUCCGAGCGCUAUCACAGCCUAUCCAUCCAACUCCGCGAUGUUCUUUUUGAGAAGAAGUGUCUAGGUAUUGAACAAAACAGCGCUGCGGUUACGCAGUCGAGGCUUGACCAAGACCUCGCCACGGCUCGAGCGGAGAUCAAGCGCCGCAAGGGGAAGGCGGAGAAAACCGAGGUCGUCCAGCAGGUGGGUCUGCAUCGAUGA